AUGGUGGCAGUUAAGUCCGACGGAACAAACUGGUGGCUAAAGGCCAGUAUAAGGAGAAGAAGAGGAGUUCACAGAGGGAUGGUGGUAGCACUGAGGUCGCUGGCAGCCAUGGGUGGUCGGAGAAGAGAUUCUACUUUGGAUCCUUACAUCCAAUCAAAGGUGGUGGCAAGAGCUAGAUCCAAAACAAGAAUAUCUUUAGUUUCUAAAAAGAUUAGUGCUUGUUGGUACCGUCUACCACCUACGCCAAGAAACAAUGGGAUCUCCAAGAGCAAGAGAUUGACAUUACGGUGCAGUGGUCAAGACAAAUAUUCUGGAAUCCUAAGCAUGAAGUUGAAGUACACAACAAAUGUCGAUAAAGUUCGGGAUGUUUGGAAGGAAGAUAUCACCAUAAAGCAUGUGCAUCAAAAAGUUAUGUUUAUGUAUCAAAGUUCUUUUGGCCUCCUUUUUUGGUUGUUCUAUGUAGUCUUUAUGUCUUUCCAUUGGUGGGAUGUCCACAACCUACUAUUGUAAUUUUAUUUUAUUCUCUUGUUAAUAAUUUUUUUUCAGUAGUUGUCCUUUACUAAAAAAUACAUGAACUACUAGUAUGUUGUGAUAAAUGGGUGUUUUAUAGUGUUGCAUGUUAUAGGAA